GCUGUCGCUGCCCCGGCGUCAGAGCCGCAGCCUGCGAGGUGUGUCCCAGGCUAGGUCUGCGGGAAGCCGGCUCAGGGAACCCCUGCCAUUGCGGCCCCCAGAGCCCGGCUCCUCGGGGGGCGGCUGGGAAAGGCCACGUUGGAGGGUUAGGGUUGAUCAGGAGCAGCUACACCCGCUCCAGGCCGCCUCUCCUUGGGAAUUUGGACAAGACCCACUUCCAGUGCGGAGGCCGACGUAGACGUUGGGCGUUUUUUUGAAGAAUGGUUGUUUUGCGGUUUGUCUGUAGAAGGCUGGGAAAAGACCAAAUCCGUUACCAGUCCUCCUCGAAGGAGACACCCCCCCUCUGGAGCUGAAAGCCUCGGGAGCGAGCGCUCUCACGCCCCCAGCUCUGGUCCUACCAGCGUCCGAGGCCGAUCUGUUUUACAUAUAUUUCUGCAAGUUCUGGCUGUUAUGAAGGUGCUCCUGGAUCCUUCCUCUCCUGCCUUGUGAUCGUCUAGAAGAGAGAGGCAUGCUCUCAAACCUACUCAACCGGCUGCUUCCCAAGGGGGCAGUACUUAAUUUAAGAAAAGAGUCAGUUUUUCAGAGUUGUCCAAGUCACAUCAGCCUCUAGGAGCCCCCAGGUUCUGGUGCUGCAGGAAAAUGCCAAAGCCCUGAGGACAGGAGACUGUGAUCAGGGGAGGACCACACAACUGUGAAGCCUCUCAGCCAGAGGUUCUGGAAGUUACCUCACCAGAGGUGGACAAGCCCAGUAGGGCAGACGUCAUCAUGCUGCAGCAGCUCUUGAUCACCCUGCCCACCGAGGCCAGCACCUGGGUGAAGUUGCACCAUCCAAGGAAAGCCAAGGAGGAGACACCCCUGUGGGAGGAUGUGACUAAGAUGUUUGAAGGAGAAGCUCUGCUAUCUCAGGAUGCUGAGGAGACCCAGGGAGAAUGUUUAAAGGAUGAAGGGACCUCUGGAGCCCGGACAGCAGAAUUCCAGGAACGACUGACCUUCAAGGACAUAUCUGUGAACUUCACCCAUGAGGAAUGGGGGCAACUGACCCCUGCUCAUCGGAAUCUGUACCGGGAGGUGAUGCUGGAGAACUACGGGAACCUGGUCUCAGUGGCAGGAUAUGAAUUUUCCAAACCUAGGGUGAUUUCCCAGUUGGAGAAAGGAGAAGAACCAUGGAUAACAGAGAAAGAAGGCCUAGGACAUCCCAGUUCAGACUUGAAGAGUAAAACAGAACCCAGUAUGUCAACUACAAAGAAUGACAUUUUGCAGGAACAGUUAUAUCAAGGCAUUAUGAUGGAAAGGUUCAUGAGCAAUGAUGUCAUUGAUUCCACACUGAAAAAAGUCUCCAAAUAUGAUGAUGAGUUGGAAAGGUACCAGGACACCCAUGGAAGAGAUUUAAGACAAGCCAUCUUGACCCACAAGAAGAGAAGCCAAGAAACUAACAAGUUUGGAGAAAAUAUUGUGAGUUCAAAGGUUAUUAUAGAACAGAGGUGCCGUAAAUAUGACACACUUAGAAAGAGGAGCAAAUACAAAUCAGAUCUGAUUAAUCAUCCAAUGAAUUACAUAAGAACAAAAACCUAUGAAUGUAAUAUAUGUGAAAAAAUCUUCAAACAACCCAUUCACCUUACUGAACAUAUGAGAAUUCAUACUGGUGAGAAACCUUUCAGAUGUAAGGAAUGUGGAAGGGCCUUUAGUCAAAGCGCAUCUCUUAAUACCCACCAGAGAAUUCAUACUGGUGAGAAACCCUUUGAAUGUGAAGAUUGUGGCAAAACCUUCAGACAUCGCUCCUCUCUUAAUCAGCAUCACAGAACUCACACUGGGGAGAAACCCUAUGUAUGUGAUAAAUGUCAGAAAGCUUUCAGCCAGAACAUUAGCUUGAUCCAACAUCUGAGAACUCAUUCUGGAGAGAAACCCUUUACAUGCAAUGAAUGUGGGAAAACCUUUCGCCAAAUCAGACACCUUAGUGAACAUGUAAGAAUUCAUACUGGGGAGAAGCCCUAUGCAUGCACUGCAUGUUGUAAGACCUUUAGUCAUAGAGCGUAUCUAACACAUCACCAGAGAAUCCAUACUGGGGAGAGACCCUACAAAUGUAAAGAAUGUGGGAAAGCCUUUAGGCAGAGAAUCCACCUUAGCAACCACAAAACUGUUCAUACAGGAGUGAAAGCAUACGAAUGCACACGCUGCGGAAAAGCCUAUAGGCACGAUUCAUCCUUUAAGAAACACCAGAGACAUCACACUGGAGAAAAACCUUAUGAAUGUAAUGAAUGUGGAAAAGCCUUCAGCUAUAAUUCAUCACUUACUCGGCACCAUGAAAUACACAGGAGGAAUGCUUUCAGAAAUAAUGUCUAAACACAGAUUAUCCAACAUGAAAACGAAAGCCAAGUCUAAAUAGGUGAUUCUAUGCUUUUAAAUUUCAGGACUCUAAAUUUGAGUUAUUGAUAUAAUGAUGCCAACUUCUAAUUUUGCCCAUUGUGUAAAUAAACACUACAUUGAUAACUACUAUCUACUAACACCUCCAUCCAAAGUACGUAAUCAAGAAUAAAGGAUGGUCCUUCCAAUUAAAUUCAGCAAUAUGGAACAUUCACACAUUUUUUUUCUGAUUUCAUGGUGGAUUAAUUAUUAUUCAUGGGCAGUUACUGAUUUACAGACAAGUAUUUGGGAACUACUGUUUAAAAUGUCACCACCCCAUGUUUUAAAUUAAAGUUUUAUUUUAUUUUUUUUAGUGGAGAAAACGUUUACAAAGUUCAAAAGGUACAGACAGUUGUAUAAGUGAUAAGUCUCUUUCCCACACCCCCAACCACCAAAUUCUACCUAAAAGCAACCAUUUUUUAUAACUAAUUUCUUUGUGUACCUUUCCAGAUAUUUUUCUAUUUAUAGCCAAGAGAAUAUAGAUCUAGUUUUUCUUUAUAAGUAUAAAUGGCAACCUCCAGUACAAAUGCAUCUGCAUGUUACUUUUAUUAACUAUAUAUCAUGAAGGUCAUUCCACAUCAGUAAAGUGCCUACUCAUUCUUUUUUAGAGCUACAUAAUAUUUCAUGUUUUUAGCCAGUCCACUAUGGAUGGACCUUGAUUUCCAAUCUUUUGUUUAUAUAAUGUUGCAAUGAAUAGUCAUAUAUUUUUAUUUCUCACACAUGUAUGUAUGUAGGGUAAAUUUCUAAAACAGGAAUUUCGGUGCUAGAGGGUGUGUGCAUUUAUAUGAUGGUUAUUGCCAAGUUGACCUCCAUAGAGGUUGGGCCAAUUUAUUUUCCACCAGCAAGAUAUAAAACUCCAUAUCUGAUGCUGAAACAUCUCCUAGACCAACAGCCUAUCAGCCAUCAAAGAAGUAUCGGCUUGUCUCAGUAACGUAGCCUAGAAGUACCAGCUAAGCUACAUCCCCAGAAAGAUCAGCACUUGCCAUCCAUGGACCCAGAGAGGAAUCUGUAUCUUACCUAAUAGCAGCCAGGCCCAUCAGUCACAGCUGGGAAAGGAGAAGACAUUUUUUUCCACCAACUGCUGUAGUCCCUGGGAUACAGAAAAGUAGGACAUGCCUUUCUAAUGA